AUGUUCAGGCUCAUUGAAAUUUCGUCAGAACCAUCAAGACAAUCAGGAGUGCUACGACCAUCUCGAAAAAAUGACUGUAGUAUACAUUGUCCAUUAGUACAUCGAUAUUCAUUAUCAUUACAUUCAUUCAUUUCAAGUUGUCAACAAUGUUCUUCAUCAAAUUCACCAUCAAGACAAUCAUCCUGUCCAUUAAAAAUUUCACUCCAAUCUAAACAUGCUGGAAAAGGACCACGAUUACAUUGUGAAUGA